CGCCAUAGUCACCGUAGUCCUGGCGACUGUAACCCACCAACAACAACCUCUCGCUCCAUCAUUACCACCUCCUCCACCAUCCUCAUCUUCAUCCACCAGUCCACGGCUCAGGCGCCAUGCAGACCCCUGAAGCAGGCGCUGACUCCACCUCCACUGUCCCUCUUCAGACCACCGUGCCUGUCCAGCCUACCGGCUCCACCCAGCAGGUGCCUGUCCAGCAACAGGCCCAGACUGUUCAACAGGUUCAGCAUGUUUACCCAGCACAGGUGCAGUAUGUGGAGGAAAACAGUGGCGUCUACACCAACGGCAACAUAAGAACCUACUCGUACUCGGAGCCGCAGCUGUAUAGCCAGAACAGUGGAGGGACCUACUUCGACACGCAGGGCAGCUCGUCACAAGUGUCCACUGUGGUGACAUCUCAUGGCAUGACCAACAACGGAGGAGGGGGCAGUGGAGGAAUGAGCAUGGGUCUGGCGGGGGGUCAGGUAAUCAGCAGCAGUUCGGGGGCGUACCUCAUGGACAACACUGGACCGCACCCUGCCACCCAGACCGCACGAGCUUCCCCGGCGACUAUUGAAAUGGCGAUUGAGACGCUCCAAAAAUCUGAAGGUUUAUCCAGUCAGAGAAGCUCGCUGCUCAACAGCCAUCUCCAGUGGCUGUUGGACAAUUAUGAGACAGCAGAGGGCGUAAGUCUACCACGAUCCACCCUCUACAAUCAUUACCUAAGGCACUGCCAGGAGCAGAAACUGGACCCUGUGAAUGCAGCCUCGUUUGGCAAACUUAUCCGCUCCAUCUUCAUGGGACUCCGUACAAGGCGCCUUGGGACAAGAGGCAACUCCAAAUAUCAUUACUAUGGUAUACGUGUAAAACCAGACUCCCCACUCAAUAGACUCCAAGAGGACAUGCAGUAUAUGGCUCUCAGACAGCAGCCUGUUCAGCAGAAACAGAGGUUCAAGCCGGUGCAGAAGUUUGACAGCGGCGCUGGGGAGAAUUACUCAGGUGGAGGCCAGAACCAGCCUGGUGCAGCGGAGCAGACAGUCAUUGCGCAGAGCCAGCACCACCAGCAGUUCCUAGAUGCAUCACGGGCCCUCCCUGACUUUGUCGAGCUGGACUUGGGACAGAGCAAUACAGAGAACAUCAGUCCAGAGGAUGUGAAAGCUCUCCAGUCCCUUUACAGAGAGCACUGUGAGGCUAUCUUGGACGUGGUUGUCAACCUCCAGUUCAGUCUAAUUGAGAAGCUGUGGCAGACAUUCUGGCGUUACUCUCCCCCUGACUCGGUAGAGGGUGCCACUGUAACAGAAAACAGCAGCAUUAGUGAGAUCGAAGCGCGGCUCCCCCAAUCACAACUACUGGCACUGUGCAGAAACGAAACUGUACUCAAGUGGAUGAGCACCUGUGACCACCUAAUGUACCAGGCCCUUGUCGAGAUCCUCAUUCCUGAUGUCCUGAGACCCAUUCCCAGUGCCUUGACUCAAGCCAUUCGCAACUUUGCCAAAAGCCUGGAAGGUUGGCUCAAUAAUGCUAUGAAUGCCAUUCCACAGAGAAUGAUCCAGACCAAGAUUGCCGCUGUUAGUGCCUUUGCGCAAACACUGCGCAGAUACACAUCUCUGAACCACCUGGCUCAGGCGGCACGUGCCGUGUUACAGAACACGUCACAAAUCAACCAGAUGCUGAGUGAUCUCAACCGUGUUGACUUUGCCAACGUACAGGAGCAGGCAUCGUGGGUGUGCCAGUGUGAGGAAGGAGUGGUUCAGCACUUGGAGCAGGACUUCAAGGCCACACUACAGCAGCAAAGCUCUUUGGAGCAAUGGGCAGCCUGGCUGGAAAAUGUGGUCACUCAGGUGCUCAAGCCCUACGAGCACCGGCCUAGUUUUCCCAGGGCGGCUCGACAGUUCCUGCUCAAAUGGUCCUUCUACAGUUCAAUGGUGAUCAGGGACCUGACCCUACGCAGUGCUGCCAGCUUUGGUUCCUUCCACCUGAUUCGUCUGCUCUACGAUGAGUACAUGUUCUACUUAGUGGAGCAUCGUGUGGCUCAAGCUACCGGAGAGACGCCCAUCGGUGUCAUGGGGGAGUUCGACAGCCUCAACACCUUCUCCCUCAGUAACAUCGAUAAAGAUGAACAUAGUGGGAUGGACAGUGACUUGGAAGAGGACACGGAGGAGUCCGGGGAACCUCUCGCCAAGCGGGAGAAGUCGGAGCACGACGUGAUCCAGGUGAUCCAGGUCGGGGCGCUAGAGGACGGGUCCCACCCUGUUGUGGGUGUCGUCCAGCCAGGUGUCCUCCACUCGCUGCCCCAGCCCCCGCAGGAUCACACGGAGCACAUCCUCACCCCCUCAGCUGGUACUCCUAACAUCCGCCACUGCAGCACCACAGGCAACACCUACGCCUCUGUUUGAGGGUCAGAGGGCAAGGCCAACCGUGUCCGGCCUAUUUACGCUGUUUCAUUCUCUCCACAUAUCUUUCUCUCUGUAAGUCUUGAUGUUUCUGUCUCUUUCAUGCAUUGUCUCCGUCUGUACCUGAAUGGACAUGCUCUCCUCUCCGGCCUGGUCAGUGGAGGAGUGCUGAUGGCUGACACUCUGGCCAAGUUGUGCUGUCCGUGUCUGACUGCUUAGAUUCUGGAUAUUCUGCCAUCCCAUAAGUCUGUGCUCUACCCUAACGCAGCAGCUGGUGGAAGGGACCUGGAAGAAAAGGACUAAUUUGACCCGUUAAAACAUUUCCUGGUUAUUCAUGACUUAACAACAAACCGGUCUGUGUGUACAGACAAGCAUAUGCUUGAAGGAAAAUUACAUUGCUUCAUACUACUCAUGUCUCAGAGCUCAAAUCCACGUCACCAGUCCCAGUGGAGCAAAGUCAUCGAUUGACUCAAGACCUUCAUCUAUUGUACAUAGAUCUGCUGUACUUUCAAUUGGUAUUACCCAAACCUCAUGGUGCUAUCAUUGUGCUUUGCUUUAACUUCCCGUUAUCCCUCCUAAUUUUAGUAUGAUUUACAUUCCAACUGCUGACUAACUUUUGGCUGAACAAAAUGUUUGAGUGUUGUUUGUAGCUAAAAACAAAGGGAUGACUUUCUAUGUGUGUAUGACAUUUUAAAAAAGGAUCAAUGGGCAAUUUUGUUAUUUUUGGUUUGAAAAUAAUUUGGUAGCCACCCACCGAUAACCACUUAUAGCUUUUAGCCACAGAGAAAGAACCCCCCCCUAAAGAAAUGUCUGUGCUGCUAUUCAUGUGUAUAGAGAUUGAGAAUAUCGGCUGUACAAAAACCGUUUCUUCAAAGCUAGCUUUUCUAUGCACUCCGUGCAUAACGCUUGCCUUUGUCCGUUUUAGAUGCUCUGUAGUGUGGUUGAUGAAGCUGUAAUCUUGAAAACAACUUACUAGACACAUUCCCCUGUUUCUUUUUUUUCCGUUUUUGUCUUGAAGAAAUUUCUUAAGUUCACAGAGGACCAAAAACCAAACCAACAAGAGGAAGCUGGGAGUGAGCCCUCAGCGGCCACCCGAGAGCCGUUUCCUGUCCCCACAGUGCCAUGUUGCAGAGCAGAAGGAAUGUCAGGGAUUAAAUGUACCUCGGCUUUAUCAUAGUGCCUUAUCUUUAAAUGCAGCUGUCCUUGUUGUCCUGACUGUGCGGUGUCGAGAGCCCGCAGCCCCUCUGCAUUGUCCCAGCCACACCUUUUGGCUUUCUGGUGACUUGUGGCUGGAUUUGGGCAGGGUCAUCAGUGUUGAGACCAAGGAACACAGGCACAGACACAUCUGUUUUCUCUGGAUCAGCUCUACUAAGCUUAGUACGUAUCUGAAUCACAGUCUUUAGCCUUGCUCCUGCCCUAACUCUGCCCUCUUGAGGCCUAUUCUUGCAUUAGCCUUCGUUACUGGGUGAAGUGCGUGUGAGUGUGUAUAUACAUGGAUGCGUAGGUCUGCACUGUGUUUGUAUAUGUAUAUAGAUAUGCCUAUGUCUGCGUGCUUGUGUGUGUGUGUGUGUGUGUGUGUGUGUUGGAACACAUCCAUCAGUCACCCUACCUCAAACCAGUGGUGCCAGCCCUUUUGACGCGUGCAGAACAGUCACCAAACACUUAUUGCACACACACCUCUGUACUGCACAAAUCUCAACGCGAUAGAGAAAAUCUGCAUUGCUUUUCUCUCACCUCUGACACAUUGUGAUUUCAGUUCUCAGCCCAUAAAAAUGCUUCAUCCUUUGUUCCCUGUUUGAAGAUCAUCUUUGUACAGUGGACAAAAAGUAGAUAUUUUCUGAUAUUCAAAGAGAUAUAUAGAUAUAUAUGUAUAGUAUAUAAAAUGACGACACACUACAGAUAUUUGUUUGCUUUUUAUGUGGUUGAUCGGAUUGUUUCUACGUGACUGUGCUUCUUUCGGUAGCUCCUGUAAUUAGUUUAUAGACUCAAAUGGGAAAGGCAUGGGUACUAACUUUUUCUUCAUUAGACUACAUCUAUACUUGAACUGUUACAGCCUUCUAUGUUGUGGAGAAUAUUGAGAUUAAUCCUCUAAAUAGGAACUGUUUUGCUACUAAAUUCAUUUUUUCCCCAUGCCUGUUGAAAUGGCCUGCACCGCUUCUCUGCGGAUUCUUUUUUUAUUUAUUGAUAUUUAUUGUGUUUUUGUUUUAAUAUGUUAUAAUGGGGACUUAUACCACUGCAAAGAGCAGACCUACUGUACAGAAGGAACAGAAGGUUUGUUCCUGUUGUUUUGUUUUAGUUUCCCCUCGUAAGUCAUGUAUGUAGGUUGAUGAAGGAUUAUGAAGAAGGGUUGGCACUGUUAUUUGUUGUAAUCAGUCUUUUAGGAUCUCUACUCCAAAAAUUUCUUCAGAAACGAUCAUGACACAGGAUCUUUGCCCUUUUUGUCUAAAUCUAGAUUGUGUGCCUGUGUAGAAAACAUGUAAAGGAGGGUGGGGAUGUGCAGAUAUUGCAUCUAGGUCUUACUCUGUAAGUUACGACUGAGUAUUAGGGCCUCUGAAAGGGAAAAAAACCUGAGAUUUCAAGAGUAAAGUAGUGAAUUUAACAGAAUAAUUUAGGCUGCAUGAGGGGAAAUAUCAAAGGAUCAGCCUGUUGCCUGGAUAAUGGAAAUGUGGUCGACUGUAAAUCUUUGAUGUGAUAUAUGUGUGAUGUGAUUUUCAAAGAGGUGCCCUAGAUUCUCGAGAAACUAUGAUUGGUUCAGGAGUUAAUAUCAAGGAUCGAGCACAGGUUCUCCUUGCUGCUUAUUUCUGAAAAAUCAUUUCUUUAUUCACUUGAAUUGUCACCUUUUUUUUUUUUCCGAAAUCUCAGGUUUUCUCUUCUUCAACAUGGCCCUAAUGCUGCUGUUGUACAGACACAUUCCAUAUUUAUUAAACCCACACAUCUCAUACUGUAGCCUUACCCUGAUCCUAUUGGCUUGAAAUGUCUGGCACACCAGAUCUAGGAACCGAGCGCACACACAAUACAGUCUUUCUCAUCACAUCCCUUAAGGACGGGUUUGAAAAGUCUGAGAGAAAAGGUCAGUGAACCAUAAAGUAGCUGGGAGUUGGAGGCCCGGGGUAUUUUGUUUACAUCAGACUGCGGCCACAGCGACCUUGUAUGAGCGAUGGCUUCCUGACUCUUGCUAUUUAAGUCAGGGAGAACACAAGGUGAACGGACACGUAAACAUAAACCCCCUAGAUCGACUUGUUCUUUCUCCAGAGCCUCACCAUAAAUCUGUGCUCACAUAAUAAACUAACCCCACAUGACUCGCUGAAUUUAUUUGAAAAUGCGAUUGUAAAAAAAAAAAAAGUGACGUUCUGUUCUGUGACUGAAAUUUUUGAAGUAUGCUGUAAACCUGGGUAGUGUGUACUGGUUAGGAAUGGAGGUUUUGCAGGAUAUAUUAUCUUGCCUCUAAUUGAAUGAUUUUUUAAAAAGAGUCUCACCUCUGUUAUCAUGAAUUAACUACAACACUGUAGAUGUAUUUUUUUGUGCCUGAAGUGGAAAUGGCUUAAAAAAAAUGUGUUUCUUUGAAUCUUAAAUUGUGUGCUUUAGGAUCAUAAGUGCUUUCUGGUCUGGCACGGCUACCAUGUGCUGCUAGAAACCGUUUGUUUUGUUUCGUUAAACUUUUAUCCCUGUUUAUUUUUCACACAUAGACUGAUGUGCCACACAGUGAUUUUUAGCUUUCUGCAUCUCAAAGCCUGCCUGGUAAAACACUGGACUGAUGAUAAUGCUGCCAACACAAUUGUACUUUAUUUCUCAGUGUCUUUGAAAUUGAGAAGUAGGGUUGUUAUUUUUGUGUGUGUGUGAGUGAGUGAAUGAGUGUGUGCGCAAAUGAGCCCGUUUUCAACCAGAGGAAAAAAGAAAAAAGAAAAACAUAAGCUAUGUCAUAGGAGUUUUAGCUAAGAACUGACUCUUCAUCUGGACAACAUGGCAGCUUCACUGACCCAUAGCAGACUCCAGUGCCUUUCCUUUUCGCCCCGGCCAGAGCAGAUGGCCUGGGUGACUAUUGGGUCUCUGGUGGGCUACAGAUAGAGGCUUAUCAGAGCGGACGUUUCCUUGCACAGGUGCUGCCAUUGAGAAGACACCAGAGCUGAGGAAGACGGAAAGAAAAAAAGACCUGUCCUCAGAUUUGGGACUGUCCAUUAACUGGAUGGGACUCACACCGAGUGGUUUACACGUGGUAGAUGACCUGCAAACGGCUUUUUAAUUGUAUAGAACUGGUUAAUGAACAAGGAGAGCCGCUGUAAAGUUAAAACCGCUCUCUCUUACGACUUGUUUUUCUCAUGAUCGUGAUUUCUGUUGGGGUUUUUUUGUCAAAUGAUCUUUUCUGAAUGCUGUGAUCUGUUUGAGAUUUGUAUUUGGAUGUUUUCAAGUGCCAUUUGAC